AUGUGUUGCGGCAUCAUCGAGUUAUCGAUUGCCCAUUCGGAUAAUCACUUCGUCGUGGAUUAUUUCAAGUACAAAGUAGCUCAUCACGUGGCUGGGUUUUCCUGCAACAGCGACGAAGAUAAUAAUGAUUUAGUGAAAAGUUUUAGCAGCGUCGACAUUUUUUCUACGGUGGAUAAGUUACGCGAGAAUAAAGUGACGUUACACACGUACUUGUCGACGAUGCAUCGAAAGCUUGGAAUAUUUUUAGACUCGAGGUGCAAUAGCGCCGAGGAAAAUGAGAACCUCCUGGCACAGGCAUCAGAACUGCUUCUCUACGGCGAGCUGCACAAUUGGCUAAUUUUAGGAGACGAUCUGAACGAAACGAUCGAAAUGUUGAACGACACCGAAUUCAGUCUAUCUACCGAUCUCGUAUUAGCCAUUGCUGGUAACGACGGAUUCGUCAUGUAUGACGUUUACAACUUGUGCAAGUAUCGCCAGGGAAUAUUAAACGUCACGUUGUUGGGCCAUUGGAACAGCACCAAUGGUCUCCACAUUGUUUUGACCCAAACCAAACUCUCGAGGAGGUCCAAUUAUCACGGCAUGCUGCUGCGCAUGGCUGUUCUGGUGUUUGAUAAACCGAACGAGACAUCGAUGUACGACUACCUGCACGACUACGCCGGAAAACAAAACGAUACCAUGCCGAAAUUCACAUUUGCAGUGUGGGAAGCGAUUGCCGAUUUGUUUAAUUUCACAAUAGAACUGAAGCCGUUCGAGUCGAAAAAGGUGGCAAACCGCAACGGACCGAUCAUCAAAAUGAUGAGCAACAGAGAAGUCGAAUUGAUCGUCAACACGGCUAUUUACACGCCGGAGCGAAUAGACGUCGUUUCCGCGAGUCCCGUAUGGCCACUCCGCACGUGUUUCAUGUUCCGCACGACGCCGUCCAAGAAGAUCAAAGUCAAUCACUUCCUCAGACCCCUGGCCAGCGCGACGUGGUACCUGACACUCGUCUUCACGAUCGCGGUGGUGUGUGUCUUCGCCUCCGUGCUGGUCGUCGAGUGCGGCAGCAACGAUUUCCAACGAUACUCGGACGCUAUUUUGUUUGCAAUCGGCAGCUUGUGCCAACAAGGUACCGAUCUGCAAGCGACGAAAGCAGCGACUCGCAUAGCCCUGCUGCAAACGAUGGUGUUCAGCCUGUUGCUGUACAACUACUACUCGGCCAGUGUGGUGUCGGCCCGGCUGAGCGAGCCCCUGGAAAAAAUCAACGACUCGCUGAACGAGCUCGCAAAGACCGAUUUGAAAUUCGGAGCCGAGCCGAUACUCUACUUCAAUUUUUACAUCCAGAGAUCGGAUUGGGAGGGCCAGCAGUUUUACAAUCGGAGGUGGGUCAAGAUACCCGACGACGAGAAAUUCAUGCCGGCCGACGUGGGCGUGAGGCGGAUUUUACAGGGUGACUUUGCGUACCACAUUGACGUGAACGUGGCGUUCCCGAAAAUCGAGAGGCUCUUCGACAACCAGCACGUGUGCCAAUUGACGUUUGUUCACCUGGUACCGCCCACCGAUACGUGCAUAUUGUCGGCGAGAAACGGCUCGUUCGUUGAAAUGACCAGAGUUGGCGUUGCCAGGGUAAGAGAGACGGGCCUGCGCUCGAGAUUGAUCCAGAAAUGGGCGGCGAGGACUCCACGAUGCCGGACCGACAUCGUCGUCAUCGCUCCGUUGACCAUCUACGAGGUGGCUCCGGCCUUUCUGGUGCUUGCUUUCGGCGCCAUGGUGAAAUGA